UCAGUAUGGGAAGGACUAUCUAACUAAUCAGCACACUAACUUCAAAAAUAGAACAUCUCUCUUCCAUGAUGAAAUGACCAGAGGAAACCUUUCACUAAAACUGACCAAUGUCACUGAACGGGAUGCAGGAAGUUACAGCUGCGAGGUCCCAAAACAGCCCAAACAUAACAUUACCCUCGUUGUUGAAAUUCAAGCAGUAAUCGGAGGUGACGUCAUUCUACUAUGCCACCUUCACACCGUGUUUGACAAGAACAAUUCAAAAGUGACGUGGAAACACAGUAACCAGAUUGUGCACACAUAUCAGUAUGGGAAGGACUGUCUAACUAAUCAGGACACUAACUUCAAAAAUAGAACAUCUCUCUUCCAUGAUGAAAUGACCAGAGGAAACCUUUCACUAAAACUGACCAAUGUCACUGAACAGGAUGUAGGAAGUUACAGCUGCGAGGUCCCAGAACAGUCCAAACAUCUCAUUACCCUCGUUGUUGAGAGAAAGCCCACCAACUUUCCGUUUCAUGGUACAAUUCUCUACAUUGGUUUAAGUCUUGGCGGGCUUUUCAUCGGCGCUUUAAUUGGGAUUGUAUGGAAGAAAUAUGGAAAUACCAGUAGAUGUGCAGGACGAGACAGGAGAGAACGCAACAGAGCCGGCAUUCGGGAGAGUUUUCCUAUGAGAAUUAACAUGGAAAACCCCAACGACGCUGCUUCAUGAUGACUCUGGAUUCUUGGACCCACCUACCAAAUAGAAAAUAAGGUUUUAUGCCAUCCAAAAAUCCACACAUUUUUAUCAGGUGCCUCCAGGAAAACAUCUUUUUGAUCCUGGUUGAAAAAUUACCCACUGCAGACCUCGGGUCCUUAUUUCAUUUAAAUGGUCAAAUGUUAACAAAGUUGUAGAAUGAAUAUAUGAAAAGUUAUACAACUUGUUUACAUGUUGUUUUCACCGUGUGCUGCUAUCAGUGAAGUGAUUGCAGUGUUGUGUUCCUCCUGUUUCUCAUGAUGGUGCUGUUGUCUCACUGAUGCUACGAACACAGACACAGUGAUGAGAAACUCAGUUAACAUUAGUUUACUGUGACAGUUGAUGCUGCAGCACCGGGGUGUCAGGUUUAGUGCUGUUUGAUAGCAGCAUCUCUGAAAAUGAAGAUGUACCUCAGGCUACCGAGUGUGAACAUACCAUGUUUCACUGACAACAGUGACUGUAAUUUGUGUUUACCAUGCCAACUAUACUGAUUUGUGUUUGGUAGGUGUCAGUCUAGGCGAGGUCACAGCAGCCUGUGAUACGGAGAAAUAACAUUUUACAUCUAUAAAUUAAUCUAAAGCAUUUUUAUAAAUAACGAUAUAUUUUAGUGGUUGUGAAAGGUUUCUUAACAAUAUAAUAAUAACUGUGUUCAUCUGAAUAAGGUCUGGGUCACUAUACAGACCGGAGUUAUGAACACAUUUAAGAGCCAAAAUGGCUGCCGUGGUUUACUUGAAAUAAUUGUACAAACUUCUUUUCCACAGUUUUCAGCAAUGUGAUAGAAAAACGUUGAAGAAUGACUCCUAAUUAAAAUGCAGGUACAGGACCUUAUUCAGAAGCUCUUCUUGAUAUUUGUGUGGCUUUUGAUAUGUUAGACCCUGAUUUUAUAACCAUCUCAGUUGGUAUCUCAGGUCUGGACCUUGACUGGAUUGAGAACUCAUUCACACUACUCCAUUUUAGUUUAAAACGUUUAGUUUAAAACGUCUCCGUCUACAUUAAAACGACUGUAAACGCACAUGUAGUGGCUGUUCACGUACACUGGGCAUGCGCAUGCCGGUGUAAACAUGAAGCUGAUAGUCUAUUCCGUAGUUACAAUCAGACCAGAUUUUAUUUUGCAAGGAACAAUAACGAAAAAAGUAAACGGGGCCAUGCGUAGGAAGAUGAGUUUUAUUUGCGCAGUACAGAAUAUUUUAAUAAAAAUCAAAAACUCAGUCAGUGGCAUCGCGUGUCUGCUUUAUAUGACUUAUAAGA